AUGGGUGGUCGUCGUAUUGGAGAGGCAAAAUGUUUAUUAGCUUUAUUGGAUGCUGGAAUACCAGCCUUUGCUUUGAAUGCAGGUAAAAGUGAUGGUGGUAUUGAUAUAUUUGGCUACUACGUAAAUUUGGGCUUUAAUAUUCAAGUAAAAUUUGUUAGUCAGUAUGAUAAAAGCAGAUAUGAAAAAGAUUUAAAAAAAUUUUGGAAAGUUAUGAAAAAAUAUCCUGAAAAUAUCGGUUUCUUUGUAUAUUUUUCGGAUAAAAAUGUUCAUGAUUUAAGAUUUGAAGUUAAACCCAGCUAUAAUAGUAUUUCUUAUAUGACUUACCAAUCUAUUUCAUUUAAUUAUGAUAAAUUUAAAAAUGAGUAUGGAAUUAAAAAUAUUUAUAAUGUAAUGCAAAGACUAGAAUUUAAUUAUUUCGAUGGGAAUUUUAAAAGGAUUCAUUUUAUUGUUUACGAUUCAACUCAAGGUAGUUUUUAUAAUGGUACUAGACAAGAAAUUCAAUUAAAUUUUUUGGAA